GAGCCGCGCCUCCGCCCACGCGAGGUAGGGCCUGAGGGGCGGGGCCGGUCGCGAGGCCUCGGGAGGGGCCGGCGGGAGGCCGCUCUCGGGAGGAGCGGCUGCGCCCGGGAGGGGAGUGCGGGCCGCGAACUAACGGUCACGAACGCUGGCGGCGCCGCGCGACCCACGUGCGCCACCGCGCCCAGAGACCCGGGCACCCAGCUCCGCGGCCGCGUCCCCGCGGAGGGCAGCCUAUCCGUUUUUCCUGUGGGCGACCCCGUGCCCGGCGCGGGGAGGAGCGUGACAGCGCUGGGCGCCGCCCCCUCGGCGCGGCUCGGCGGGAGGCUCCCGGGUAGCGGCGGGGAAGAAGCGGCGCGUGCUCCCCCUUGGAGACCGUGGGACCACCCGGGCAGAAGGCGCCCUCGGUGUCCCCUGAAAGGCGGAGGGCGGGCUAGCGGGGACCGCGAGCCCCGGGCGGACCCCGCCUGUUUGUCUCCCAGUUAGAAAUCGGUCUUAGACAAGAUGGAAGGGGAGAAGCGGCCGGCGCCCUACGAGGGCCUGUUUGCCGACGGGCACCUGAUCCUGUGGACGCUGUGCUCGGUGCUGCUGCCCGUGUUCAUCACCUUCUGGUGCAGCCUCCAGCGGUCCCGCCGCCAGCUGCACCGCCGGGACAUCUUCCGCAAGAGCAAGCACGGGUGGCGCGACACGGACCUGUUCAGCCAGCCCACCUACUGCUGCGUGUGCACGCAGCACAUUCUGCUGGGCGCCUUCUGCGACUGCUGCGGGCUGCGCGUGGACGAGGGCUGCCUCAAGAAGGCCGACAAGCGCUUCCCGUGCAAGGAGAUCAUGCUUAAGAGUGACGGCAGGGCCCUGGACGCCAUGCCCCACCACUGGAUCCGGGGCAACGUGCCCCUGUGCAGUUGCUGCGUGGUUUGCAAGCAGCAGUGCGGCAGCCAACCCAAGCUCUGCGAUUACAGGUGCAUUUGGUGUCAGAAAACGGUACAUGAUGAGUGCAUGAAAAAUAGUUUAAAGAACGAAAAGUGUGAUUUUGGAGAAUUCAAAAAUCUCAUCAUUCCACCAAGUUACUUGACCUCUAUUAAUCAGAUGCGUAAAGACAAAAAAACAGAUUAUGCGGUGCUAGCCUCUAAGCUUGGAAAGCAGUGGACCCCAUUAAUAAUCCUGGCCAACUCUCGUAGUGGAACUAACAUGGGAGAAGGGCUGCUGGGAGAAUUUAGGAUCCUCCUAAACCCAGUCCAGGUUUUUGAUGUAACUAAAACCCCCCCUGUCAAAGCCCUGCAGCUUUGCACUCUCCUUCCCUGUCACUCGGCCCGCGUGCUUGUUUGUGGAGGGGACGGCACGGUGGGCUGGGUCCUGGACGCAGUUGACGAAAUGAAGAUUAAGGGACAAGAAAAGUACAUUCCGCAAGUCGCAGUCCUGCCUCUGGGAACAGGCAACGAUCUGUCCAAUACCUUGGGCUGGGGCACAGGGUACGCGGGAGAGAUCCCCGUCGCUCAGGUCUUAAGAAAUGUGAUGGAAGCAGAUGGGAUUAAACUAGAUAGAUGGAAAGUUCAAGUAACAAAUAAAGGAUACUACAACUUAAGAAAACCCAAGGAAUUCACAAUGAACAACUAUUUUUCUAUUGGACCUGAUGCUCUCAUGGCUCUCAAUUUUCAUGCUCAUCGCGAGAAGGCACCAUCUCUGUUUUCUAGCAGAAUUCUUAAUAAGGCUGUUUACUUGUUCUAUGGAACCAAAGACUGUUUGGUACAAGAAUGUAAAGAUUUGAAUAAAAAAGUUGAGCUAGAACUGGAUGGUGAGCGAGUAGAACUGCCCAAUUUGGAAGGUAUUAUAGUUCUGAACAUCGGCUACUGGGGCGGUGGCUGCAGACUGUGGGAAGGGAUGGGAGAUGAGACUUACCCUCUAGCCAGGCAUGAUGACGGUUUGCUAGAGGUCGUUGGAGUGUAUGGGUCUUUCCACUGUGCUCAGAUUCAGGUGAAACUGGCAAACCCUUUUCGAAUAGGACAAGCACAUACGGUGCGGUUGAUUUUGAAGUGCUCGAUGAUGCCAAUGCAGGUAGAUGGGGAGCCGUGGGCCCAGGGCCCCUGCACUGUCACCAUAACUCACAAGACACACGCACUGAUGUUGUAUUUCUCUGGAGAACAGACGGACGAUGAUAUCUCCAGUACUUCAGAUCAAGAGGACAUAAAGGAAACCGAGUAGAUGGAUGAGGAAUGAAAGUUUAGAAUUCUCCCAAACAAGCAGAUACGUAUUUGUCCAGGAGUAAAAUUCUCUAUCAGCUGUUUGGUCUUAAUUUCACCAGUAGUAGAAUGGGUGUACAUCCGUGUAAAUAGCAAUUCCAAAAACAGCCAAAUUGCCAGUUGUUUA